UGGCGGGACAUGUGAACCCUAAAAAUUUGAGAAAAUUUCAUUCUUAAAUUUGAGAACCACUGAUUAAUCUUUCAGUCUCCCACUGUUCGCCGUCCUUCUUCAAUUCGCGAGGUAAUUUCUCCGCCGCUCUCUCCCACUGUUCGCCGCUUUGCCGUCCUUCUUCGCGAGAAACCCUCUCAAUUCUCUAUUGUUUCCGGAACCCUCUCAAUUCCUCUCCAUUGUUGCAGAAAAGAAAGACAGACAACAAGCAGCUGAGUACGAGUGAGGGAAACUAAAAGACAUCAGACCAUGUCUGGGAGAAAAGAAACGGUUCUUGACUUGGCUAAAUUUGUUGAUAAAGGAGUUCAAGUCAAGCUUACUGGUGGUAGACAAGUGACAGGUACUCUGAAAGGAUAUGACCAGUUACUUAACCUCGUCCUCGACGAAGCUGUUGAGUUUCUGAGAGAUCCUGAUGAUCCACUGAAAACUACAGAUCAGACCAGAAGUCUUGGCUUAAUUGUUUGCAGGGGAACUGCUGUGAUGCUUGUGUCCCCAACUGAUGGUACAGAUGAGAUUGCAAACCCCUUUCUUGAGGCAGAUGGGGCCUAGGCCUAGGUGUAAAUGUUUGCACUAUAAAACACCUUCUAUGUAUGCUAACCAAGCUACUCCUAUGUAUUAACACUUUCACUUUGAUGAAAACAAAUCGCAUUUUGUGUUUGCUGAUUGAAUUGAAUAUUCCUAAAUGCGAGUUGAGAUGCUUAAAUGACAAUGUGAUAUAUUUACUUC